CGUCUCCUGAUGUUUCAAACAUGUUUUGGGCUAAGCCACCAGAAGAAGAGAGGGAAGAUUUCGGGAAAAUAUCCUGCACAACUGAGAUCCAAGCGGCAUUUAUCCUCUCCUCCUUUGUGACUUUCUUCAGUGGACUGAUCAUCUUAUUUGUUUCCAGGCUAGUCUGGAGAAUUAUAAAAAGAUGGCGAAGACUCAAGGGAACAGGAGUUUUCUUGGAACUAUUCUCACCCGAUAGUGUCCAUGAUAAGCCUGACUUAAGAAGCCUCCACUUCCAGGGAGUGUUUCGUGAUCAGAUAGAAAUGUUGCUUUCGGCACAGACCUUUGUGGGGCGAGUGUUGGUGAUCCUUGUCUUUGUCCUGAGCAUCGGGUCUCUUAUAAUCUAUUUCAUCAACUCUAAUGACCCUGUUGGAAGCUGUUCAUCGUAUGAAGACAAAACCAUUCCUAUUGAUUUGACUUUCAAUGCUUUCUUUAGUUUCUAUUUUGGGUUGAGAGUAAGUUUACGGUUCCUAAGAGCAUUACGGCUGCUGGAACUUCCUCAAAUCUUGCAAAUUCUCCAAGCCAUCAAAACCAGUAAUUCAGUGAAGUUUUCCAAACUGCUAUCAAUAGUUCUCAGUACCUGGUUCACUGCUGCCGGAUUCAUUCACUUGGUGGAAAAUUCUGGUGAUCCCUGGCUCAAAGGUAGAAAUUCACAGAAUAUAUCCUAUUUCGAGUCCAUCUACCUGGUCAUGGCAACAACGUCAACCGUUGGCUUUGGAGAUGUGGUAGCCAAGACAUGCUUAGGACGGACUUUCAUCAUGUUCUUCACCCUGGGGAGUUUGAUACUAUUUGCAAACUACAUCCCUGAAAUGGUGGAACUUUUUGCAAACAAGAGGAAAUACACCAGUUCCUAUGAUGUGUUCAAAGGGAAGAAGUUCAUUGUGGUCUGUGGAAACAUCACCGUGGACAGUGUCACUGCUUUCCUGAGGAAUUUUCUCCGCCACAAGUCAGGGGAAAUCAACACCGAGAUAGUUUUCCUGGGAGAGGUCCCUCCUUCUUUGGAAUUGGAGACCAUAUUUAAAUGCUACUUAGCCUAUACAACUUUUGUUUGUGGGUCUGCGAUGAAGUGGGAGGAUCUGAAGCGAGUUGCGGUGGAGCACGCAGAGGCGUGCCUGAUCAUAGCCAACCCUCUGUGCAGCGACUCGCACGCCGAGGACACUUCCAACAUCAUGAGGGUCCUCUCUAUCAAGAACUAUCACCCUAACACCAGAGUCAUCAUACAGAUACUUCAAUCCCACAACAAGGUUUAUCUGCCAAAGAUUCCCACCUGGAACUGGAGUACUGGAGACAACAUUAUCUGCUUUGCUGAAUUAAAGCUUGGAUUUAUCGCCCAAGGCUGCUUGGUGCCAGGCUUGUGCACCUUCCUAACGUCUCUAUUUGUUGAGCAAAACAGAAAGAUUUCUCCGAAACAGCCCUGGAAAAGACAUUUCUUGAAUGGCAUGAAGAACAAAAUCUUCACUCAGCGUCUCUCAGAUGACUUUGCUGGAAUGAGUUUUCCUGAAGUUGCCCGGGUCUGCUUUGUGAAGAUGCAAAUCAUGCUGAUAGCCAUCGAACACAAGUCCCACUUUCAGGGUGAUUACUGCGGUCUGAUACUAAAUCCACCGGUACAAGUUAGGCUGCGUAAGAACUCAUUAGGGUUCUUUAUUGCUGAAUCUCCAAGGGAAGUCAAAAGAGCUGCCUUUUACUGUUCCGUCUGUCACAGCGAUGUGUGUAAUCCUGAGCUAAUUGCAAGAUGUAGCUGCAAAACCAAGAGCCGACCGUACAUCACAGUUCCUUGGUCAAAGAAGAUGAAAACUUCCCUGAAGGAAUUCCUCUCUGGUGCAGAAAACCAGAAUUCUCUUCCGCAACUACGUGAAAGCGCAGGUACCGUCUCAAGCUUUGCCACCAGGACUUUACUCUAUGAUCUAGAGACUGACCAGCUCGACAGUAGUGGUAUGUUUCACUGGUGCAAAUCGACCCCCUUGGACAAGGUAGUUCUGAAACGAUCUGACAAGUCAACGCAUGAAUUUCGGAACCACAUUGUAGCAUGUGUAUUUGGAGACGCCCAUUCAACCCUGCUGGGGCUUCGUAACUUUGUAAUGCCCUUGAGAGCUAGCAACUAUACCCGGCAGGAGCUGAAGGACAUUGUGUUCAUUGGGUCUCUGGAUUACCUGCAAAGAGAAUGGCGAUUUCUCCGGAACUUUCCCCAGAUAUACAUUCUGCCUGGAUCUGCACUCUAUGCUGGAGACCUCCAUGCAAUCAACAUAGAAGAAUGUUCCAUGUGUGCUGUCUUAUCCUCCCCACCCAAGACAUCAAGCAGCCAGACUCUGGUAGACACAGAGACCAUCAUGGCCACCCUCAACAUUGGGUCACUGCGGAUGAGCUGCCCUGCUCAGUCACCUUCAGUGGCAGAGGAUAUUUCAAAUUACUUAGGUGGAGCUCAUGGAAAAGCAAAACACCGAAGAGUCCCCAUCCUCACCGAACUGAAGAAUCCUUACAACAUCCACUUUAUAGAGCAGCUUGGUGGAGUGGAAGGGUCCCUUCCAGGAACAGACCUGCACCUCAGCACUUCCUUUUCCACAGGAGCCGUCUUUUCUGGCAGCUUCUUGGAUUCCCUCCUGGCCACGGCUUUCUACAAUUAUCAUGUCCUGGAAUUACUUCAGAUGCUGGUGACAGGAGGGAUAAGCUCCCAGCUGGAACACCAUCUGGAUAAGGAGAGGUUCCAUGGGGUGGCCGAGAGCUGCACGACAUUCUUGUCUGGGAGAACUCGGUGUAAGCUGGGGCUUCUGUCCUUACACCAAACCAUUUUAUCAGAUGUUCAACCAAGAAGCACCUUUGGACAACUGUUCUGUGGUUCAUUAGAUCUUUAUGGAAUCCUGUGUGUUGGCUUAUACCGCAUGAUAGAUGAAGGAGACUUCAACCCGGAGCAAAAAAGGGGAGUAUGCUAGUUUGUGAUUACCCGGCCGGCCAACGACUUCAAGCUGCUGCCCUCGGAUUUCGUGUUUUGUGCCAUCCCUUUCAAUACUGUCUGUUACAAGAAGAGUGAUGUUGAUUUAUCUCAGAAUCCAUAUGAAACUGUAAAUAUAGUGUCACUGACACCAGAGACCAGUUCAGUUGCAGAUGGCCCUUCCAGAAGUGGCCAGUCUACAUCACCACCAGUGUAUUCACCAGUCCAGUCUUUGGAGCCAAGGACUAACUUCCUUUCCAUAGCUAAGCAAAUGAAUGUUAUGAACAAGGCUGAAUCAUCCCAGAUGCCUCUAGGCAACAACGUGAAAGACAGUGGAAAGGAAAACAAGAAAUAG